CAACACUGCGCCUCCGCCCCCUCUCCCCCAUGCUGCAAAUGCCGCCAACAGCUCCGGUAUCCCCCUUUGAAGUCCAUCCAGCCAGGAGCGGCGUAGCCGUCUCCUCCUCCCCGCACGGUAGUCUCCACCUGAACGCCCCACAGCAGCAGCAGGAGUUCGGUGUCUCGCCUGCGCCUACGCCGGACGACGUUGCCGGUGACGGCACCGUGGCUGCAACCCAAUUCCGCCUCGGCCCUGGCAUCGGCCCCAACGCUGCCAUCGACAUGUCCGGGAUAGAGGUCCCCGGGCCGGUCUUCCAUCCGGACCUUACACGCAGCCAGGACGUACAGUCGUCGUCCAAUAGGGACGAGCAGGAUGACCAUAAUGAACGGCAACAGCAGCAUGUGGUCGUGCCGAGCGAUGUAGGGCCUUUCGGGCAACUAGACCAGCCGGCUCACGUGCAGCAGGCUCGCCAUCACCAAGUCAUACCGGUACCGGAUCAGCAUGGCCAAUUUGGCAUUCUGACGCCGGGCCCCGCAAUCCCUGAUCAGAGUGCAACUGGGAUAGCGGAGUCUCUCAUUGGGCCCAGCGGCUUCGUUCCUAUUGAUGGCACCACCGCCCCCGGUUGGAGGCCGCACGGUAGUCUCCUUAGUAGUAAAUGGGUUAUGGAUCCUCCUAACCUCGACGAGUGGCGUCAGAAGCUGUUUGACGCAGACGGUCUCAUCGUUCUUACUCACGAACAAUUCGAAGCCUACUUCCCGCACAUAGACAAUGUCUACUCCCACAGGUCCACACAAACGUACAAGAAGAAGCCCUUCAUCUCGCACUACUGGGACUGCCGUCUCAAGGGUCGGCCACCGGGGACCAAGAAGUCGGACGACCCCAACAAGAAGCGCCGCAACCGUGUCUCGCGUAAGCUCAAUCUCUGCGACGUCAAAAUCAAGAUCACAGAGUACUUUCCCGGCGCAACGCUUCACGACGUAGAUGAUGGCACUUAUGUGCCUCUCAACGGGGAGCAGAUCCUUAACGGCGCCCACACCAUCCUCGCACCGCCAGGCGAGAGGGAUCUGCGGGUCGCGCCGGCCACGUCGAGCAAUCUGCCGGCACCGGGUCAGAAGUUCUGGACGAUUCAGAGGGUGAACGGCCAUAUUAGCAUCAGCGGAACCCCCGGGCCACAUCAACAUACGCUGGCGAAGAGCGACGAAGUGAAAAGGAAUAGUAUCCAGCGGUAUCUGGCCAAGCACAAGAACGAAACUGAACUUGUCAAGAACGCCGGACCUAUGAAAGCGACCGGAAAGGCGCAUUGGACAGUUAAGAAGCGUGAAAAGGAGAGCGACUUGAGGCUGUAUUCGGCGUGUUACUGUCCUUUUUCUCAGCGUGUCUGGAUCGCCCUCGAAGCAAAGGGGCUUCAGUACCAGUACUGCGAGGAAGACCCGUACAAGGCGCCUGCAUCACGGGAGCUGCUGGAGGCCAACCCGCGGGGGACUGUACCUGCCAUACGGCAAGGAGAUUGGGCUUGCGCAGAAAGCGGUGUCAUAUUGGAAUAUCUUGAGGAAAUGGACAGCAACAUUCCACUCUUCCCCACCGACGUGAAACUGCGAGCAAAUUGCAGACAAUGGAUAGACCAUAUAAACUCCCGUCUAGUACCAGCUUUCUACCGCCUUCUCCGCGAACCGGAGCCCGCCCAACAACCACAAAACAUCGAGAGACUGCAGGAGGCCAUCAAGGAUCUCGUCCUCGCCGCCGACGAGGAGGGGCCCUUUUUCCUCGGAAGCAGUCUGUCUCUCGUCGACGUUCACUUCGCCCCCUUCGCUGUCCGCCUGUCGCGCAUUAUGCAAUUCCGCUGUGGCUGGACGGCGCCCACGCCGGGGUUACGUUGGGCUAGGUGGCUCGAUGCGCUGGAGAACAAUGUACACGUUCGUGCUACGACGAGCGGGAGGGAUGUCUAUGCGGAAACCGUUGAGCUCUUACAAAUCGCCCUGGAUCGUGAGGGACGCUUGAGUUUUUGAC